GGCAAUAAGAGUAGGGAUUAAAGAAAUGCUGUCGGGCAAGAAUGUCAAUUAAGUUUGAUCGCUCGACUGAUGGAUUCAAAAUGGCGGUGUUCUGUCAACAUUUGACCUGUUAAUCGGAAGUAGACGCACGUGGCGUGACCACCCAGUAUACCCGAUAUACAAACUACCUUUUUACGUUAAAACAUGUUCAUGUGCACUGUGGCGUCGAUUGGCCAAGUGGUCAGUCGGCAGCGGAAAUCGAGAGGUCAUCGGUCCGAGUUCCUGGCUGGGUGGUUGUCUGACAAGUUUAUCCGCCCAUUCGUACAGUGUGUUUGUGUGAACAUGGCCUCCUAUACAUCGAUUUCGAAGAAAGAUCCGGGACUACUUAUGACUGAACUUGGAGACAACACUCACAGAGACAAGGAGAUUGAAGCUGAGCAACAACCGGGCGAUGAUGAAGCCCCCACCAGGGACCAAUGGGAUGCCAAGAUCGAGUUUCUCUUGUCCAUGAUUGGCUACUGUGUGGGACUGGGCAACGUAUGGAGGUUUCCGUACCUGUGCUAUCGCAACGGUGGUGGUGCCUUCCUGAUCCCUUACGUCAUCAUGCUGGUGUUUGCCGGGAUCCCCAUGUUCUUCAUCGAGCUGACCCUAGGACAGUACGCCGGGCUGGGCUCCCUGCCUGUGUGGAACUGCAUCCCCAUACUGAAAGGAAUUGGUUGGGCGAUGUGCAUCAUAUCGGCUUGGACCUGUAUCUACUACAACAUGAUCAUCGCCUGGGCCCUGUACUACCUGUUCGCUUCCUUCACCAGCGUGCUGCCGUGGCAUCACUGCGGACACUGGUGGAACUCCGAUGCCUGCGUGGAGAGCUGGGGCGUCGCCAACAAGACAGCGAACAGCACGAACUUCACACGAGUCAGCCCCAGCGAGGAGUACUGGCACGUACGUGUCCAGCAGAUCUCCAGUGACAUCGGCGAGACCGGUAAGAUGAACUGGGAGCUGUCGCUGUGUCUGCUGCUGGCCUGGAUUUUCGUCUUCCUCUGUCUCUUCAAAGGAGUGAAGUCCACGGGAAAGGUAGUGUACAUCACGGCCACCUUCCCGUACAUCAUCCUGGUCAUCCUGCUGGUGCGUGGCGCGACGCUUCCGGGGGCGCUGGACGGGAUCCUCUUCUACAUCACACCGGACUUAAACAAGCUGCGGGAGUCGCAGGUCUGGUAUGACGCGGCCUCGCAGAUCUUCUACUCCAUCGGCAUUGCUUUCGGAGGCGUCCUGACCAUGUCCAGCUACAACAAGUUCAACAACAACUGUCAGAGGGACGCCGUUUUCGUCCCCCUGAUGAACUGUGGUACCAGCGUGUUUGCAGGGUUUGCUGUUUUCUCCUUUCUCGGCUUCAUGGCACACGAGCUGAACGUGGAUGUUAAAGACGUGGUGGCUACUGGGCCUGGACUGGUGUUUAUAGCCUACCCGGAGGCCCUGACACUGCUGCCCGCCUCGCCGUUUUGGGCCAUCUGCCUGUUCUUCAUGCUCUUCAUGCUGGGCCUGGACAGUAUGUUCGUGACCCUGGAGACGAUCAUCACCGCGCUGGUUGAUGAGUUCCCGACGGCGUUAGCCCGCAGGAAGACCUGGCUGCUGCUGGGGUUCUGUGUCGCCAUGUACCUACUGGGGCUCACGCAAUGCACACAGGCUGGAAUCUACUGGGUCACCCUGAUGGACUGGUACGCUGCAGGGUUCUGUCUCAUCGUGACUGCUUUCUUCAUGGCCAUUGGAAUAUGCUGGAUCUAUGGAAUCAAGCGCUUUAGUUCCAACAUCAAAGACAUGAUCGGCCAUGAACCCAGCAUGUACUUCAAGGUUUGCUGGAUGUUCGUGUCUCCGGCGCUGAUGUUGUUUAUCUUUAUAUUCAGCCUGGUGACCUACUCCCCAGUAGAGUACAACGGCAAACCGUACCCGGGGUGGGGUGUCAGCCUAGGUCUGCUCAUGGCCUUCUCAUCCAUCAUCGCCAUACCGCUGUUCGCCAUCUUCGCCUUGUACAAGCAGGAGGGAAGCUUCCUCCAGAGGCUUCGAGCUGCAUGCCGACCAACUGCUUCGUGGGGUCCCUCAAAAUCCGCUCCACGACCGGAAGAGGAAGUGACGUACAGCUACAAGAGCGACAGCCCCUACCCCCUGUACGAUCCCAGAAGCCUCGAGUACGACAUGAAGCACAACAAUGGCGUCCCUGGGUUGGCCAAUGGCACCAAGUUUCCGCUGUAUGAUCCAAGGAGUUUGGAGGAGGAAAGAUCCUCUAAGGAAGCAAUCGCAAAUGGGGGUGAUGAUAUCAGCGAUAAUGUUUUCACAUCAGUGUGAAAAGUUUGUUUUUGUCCCUGUCCAUUUUUCACAAAAUCAGUCAAAGUGUGAAACGAAUGUGACUCAGUCACUUCGAAUAUCUUACGUCAGUUAUUGAUUGUAUUUUAUACUUGCUUAUCAUGAUGAUAAUUUACUAUCCCAGUGAGAUAAAUACGAAUGGAAGUUAUUUGCAGUUGUUUGCAAAGAAAACUAUAAAGUUUUAACGCAGGUGUAACCCGCUGGUGUGCUGUAUUUCUUUAACGCUACUACUUCUAUAUGGGGCCACUCUGGCUUGAUUCAUUUGAUUACAGUAUAUGGAUGACCUGCACGAGCGCAUCCAAUUUCGUAAAUCUUACAAGGAAGAUGCAACAUGCCGUACAUUGCAGUUGCAAUGAUUCCUGUCUUGUACUUAUUUGUCUUGAAUUCAACCUUCGCACUCUUAUGUUUUUCACAUGCCUGCAUCAAUAUUGCAGUGCCCGGUGAAUUUGAUCCGUACAAUUAAAUCAGAGUGGCAUAUGCUCGUGUAAUAUUACACUCUAAAUAAACUUGGGUAAGCUCUCUAAAUGCUUUGUCAAUUACUAGUGUUGAGGUAUGCUCCAGGUUUUAUACUGGUCAUGUGUAAUCGGUAUUUUUUAGCGAUAACUGGCAUAACGUACAACUGAUCACCAUUUAUUUUGUAACCUAGCUACCCUUACUGUAUCUUCAUGGAAAUAUUCAAGUCAUAAGCGUAAAGCGUUAAGGAUAAUGUAGCUCAUAAACAUUGAUUUCUCACAAUCUAUAUGGGUUGUCAUUUUUUUCUUCGUCUUAUAUUUCCUCACGCUGUUUUCCAUAUACCUCCUACAUGAUGUGUAACGAAUAUGGUGUAACUUCCAACUCAAUGAAUUAGGUUUGCUCGAGUCCUUAAAGCCACAAACUAUCUGCUAUAUCUGA